AUGAGACAGAGCAUACCGGAGUCGUUAACGGCGAGAUUGCUGAACGUGGUGGUGUUGGACGUUCACUCUAAUCAACUCACGUCGCUUCCAAACUCCAUCGGCUGCCUCUCAAAGCUCAAAAUCUUGGAUGUCUCCAGCAACCUCCUUGAAUCCUUACCCAAGACCAUUGAGAAUUGCAGAGCUUUAGAAGAACUAAAUGCCAACUUCAACAAGCUAACCAAGCUUCCAGAAACCAUAGGGUUUGAGCUCGUCGGCCUCAAGAAGCUAUCAGUGAACUCCAACAAGCUUGUCUUUCUUCCUCACUCCACCUCCCACCUCACCGAACUCCGUGUCCUUGACGUCCGCCUGAACUGCCUCCGGUCACUGCCAGACGACCUCGAGAAUCUCAUCAACCUCAAAACCCUAAACGUCAGCCAAAACUUCCAAUACCUAGAAACCCUACCUUACUCAGUAGGGCUCCUCUUGUCCCUUGUAGAACUGGACGUCAGCUACAAUAGAAUCAAGUCCUUGCCGGAGUCCGUCGGCUGCCUCAAUAAGUUAGAGAAGCUAAGCGUCGAAGGGAACCCCCUGACGUCGCCGCCGAAGGAGGUGGUGGAGCAAGGAGUGGAUAAAGUGAAGGAAUACAUGUGUCACAAGUUGAACUCAGUGCAUGAGAGUCCCAAGAAGAGGUCUUGGGUAGGUAAGUUAGUUAGAUGUGGAACCAUAAACGGACGAUGCACAAGGAACGCAAAAGAUGAUUUUGCUCUUGGACCUCAGUAUCGUGCCGUGGAAGGUCUUGGAUCACCGAGGUUAAUGGCCAUGUUCUCUCCAAAGCGACUCUUUUCGCCUCGUCGUUCUGUGUAAUUCACAAGCUUGUGUAGAUUUUACAGUAGACUUUUCGUUGCAGGUUAAUUUAGUAGCUAGGUCCGGUUUCACGUUAGACUUAGUAGAGUUAAAUUUUACUGGUUGAAUAUGUCAUAGAAGUGACGUAUAUGCAUGGAUAUAUAAUAUGAUCGACUUGUAAAGUGAGGGUAGGUGAUGAUAUAUGGCUCUGUAAAACUAUAUAGGCCUCUCUAGUUCGUGCUUUUUUCUUGGUGUCAUUUUCAUUCUAGUUUACGUAGGAUUGCGUCAACAAUAUAUAGCUAGGAACGUGUGCAUAUUUAUAUGUAUAUAUGGUCCUGUAUUUUUUUUCAUGGAUUGAUAUAUGUGGCCUAUCGACAUGUAUGUAAUGAAGGUGAAGUUGAAUUAUUUGGAUAUUCAA